UCAUUUUUACCCCUUCUUUCUCCCUUCCCGACGCCUCUCCCCUCUAUUCCCUUGCCCAGCGCUCUCGUUCCAUCCCUCGCGCCCUCUCUCUUCUCUCCGGCAACCCCUCUUUUUCUCUCCUCUGCGUUGCGCACCCCCGCGAGUUAUCCAGCGCCGCAGCCUCCCGUUCGUGGUCUGUCGCCGAGGGGCCGAGAUGUACAACGGAAUAGGGUUACAAACCCCGAGAGGGUCCGGGACCAAUGGAUACAUACAGAGCAACAGGUUCUUAAUCAAGUCAAAGACUGGGAGGAUCGCCGAAACCACCAAGGGAUUUGAGGAAAACCAGGGCACGGCUGGUAUCACCAGGAAGCCAAACAAGGACAUUCUUGAGCAUGAUCGCAAGCGUCAGAUCGAGCUCAAGAUUGUUUUACUCCAGGAUACACUUGUAGAUCAAGGUUACACUGACGCUGAGAUUGCAGAGAAGCUUGAGGAUGCCCGGAAGACUCUGGAAGGCGCCGCAGCCACCUAUCAGGAUGGGCCCACCGCCAUUGAUGUGGCUAGCAAUAAGCUUUCAGAGACACAGACCCACCAAAUUGCUGCUAGAAAAGAGAAGCAGCUGGAAACAUUAAGAGCUGCUUUUGGGAUUUCUGCACCGGAACUCGAUGAACACAAUAUUGAAGGGAAUGAUGAUGCAAGAGAUGGCCGAAAAAAUGUUCCUAGUGACAAUAUCAAGCGUGAACAUGCUUUUCUAGAUAGAGAGUUUAGGUCGAAGAAAAAUAUGGAGGAAGAUCAGAAAGUUGAAAAAGAUGAUAAGAAAAAGGGUGUUAAAGAAUCUGGGCGCCACAAGAAGGAAGAAAGUAAAAGGAGAAGGCAUGAGACUGAUUCUUCUGAUACAGAUAGCAGUGGGAAACAUGCAAAAGGUCUUCAAGCGAACCACCACAGAAGUAAUAGGUGGAGUGAUCAUGAAAGUGAUUCUGACAUUGCUAUUGAUAAGAAGCACAAGCCUUCAAAGAAGCACAAGAAAAGCAGGGUGCAUGACAGUGAUGAUUCGGAUUCUGCCACGCAUUCUGGUGAGAAUGUCGAUGUGCGCAAGACGUCAAAGAAUAAAAAGAAAAGCAGGGUGCGCUACAGUGAUGAUUCUGAUUCUGAUAGGUAUGUUGGCAAGAAGCACAAGACCUCAAAGAAGCACUGGAAGAACAGAAAGCAUGAUAGUGAUGAUUCUGAUUCUGAUUCUGAUUCUGAUUCUGCUACCGAUGAGGAUGGCAAUGGCCAUGAGAGUCCCAAAAAACAGGCCAAGUACAAGAAGUCAAGUAGGAGGCAUGGUUCUGAUGAUGAUUCUGAUUUUGAUGAAGGCUCACCUAAGCGGCGAGGUCAGAAUGGGAAUCAACAAAUACGAACCAGUGGAAGACAUGACUCAGAGGAUGAAGCUGAUGAUACCAAUAAUGAAGUAGAAGAGAAAAGAAUUCAACUGGAGAAAGAGAAUAAUCAGCAUAGUAGAGGCCGAUGGAAAGAGGGAGGAGAGUCUGAUGUGGAAGAUCUAAAAAAAAGCAGCAAUGGUAGACAUGGGAAAAGAAGCAGAAUGAAUGAUGUGGUUGAUGAAAAUGAUUUUGAAAGAGCAAGUAAACAUAAAAGGGAAAUAACAGAUAAAAGUCUGAGAAGUCGGAGGCAUGACUCUGAUGCUGAUGAUGAUUUUGGUACUGGCACAGAUGAACAAAUAAACAAGGGUAGAAUUAGGAGGCACAAUACUGAUGAGGACUAUGGUGUCAGUUAUGAUAGGAGAAAUGCUAAUAUGACUGCAGGGAAACAUAAAACAGUUGAAGAGGCUGCAGUUUCUCUAAUCGAUGACAUUGAUAAUGGUCUGUACAGAUCAAGGAGAGAUACUAUCAAUAGAUCCAGAUACAGGAGUCAAGAAGUCAUGAAGGGGAAGAGGAAUCUUGAUGAUGGAAAAGAAGAUGGGCAGCCUGACUCAAAGUUAUCAAGUCGCAAUUAUGUGAAAGAGGCAGAGCACGCUGGGGAGCAAUGGAAAGACUCUAAAAUCGGGUAUGAAUUGAAUACCAGAGAACACUUGAGCAAGGAUGAUCAUAAGAGGGACACAAGGCUUAGAUCUGUGAGACAGCAUGACAGCGAAACUGUUGAACAGGGUGGCAGAAGUUAUAAAAAGGAUGAUGAACCGCAACGCAUCAGUAGAAAGGAUGACCGGGAGCAUGAGGAGCUUGGGGGAAGGGGAAGACAAAGCAGAUAUGAAGAGGAGCAUAGAGGGAGAAAGCACAGAAGGGAUGAAGAUUAUGAAUAUACAAGGCAUGAGAGGGCUAAUGCAGAGCAGCGAGGUGGAAAUAGAAGGCAGGCAAGGGGAGAGGAAGAAGAGCAAGAAAAUAGAAGUCAUGAGAUGGACAGACGUAUGGAUUACUCCAAGAGAGCAAGAUAUGAUGAUUUGCGAUCAAGCGAGAGAAAAAGGUAUGAUGACAGACGUGAUGAUGACAGAGCCAGGCGCUGAGAAUAAUACUGCCAUUUAUCUUGGAGUUGCAAUGCCGAUGUGCUUUGUCACAUCGAAGGUGCUUAAAGAAGCUGUCGCCAGAGAGAUGCUGAAUCCUACAUGCAGAGGGCUUACGGAGGUUGAAGAUUCUCAACUCCAAUGUACCAGACGAUGGGCUAUGUAGAAGUUUGAAACGUGGUAAUAUAUCAAAACUUGGUACUCUGAUCAUUUCUUACUUUUCCGACCCCCUCGCGUACACUUUGAACAAGUUUGCAAGUAGUGUUCUUUUCAUUGUAAUGAUGUGAAAUGGGAUUUUACUUUAUAAACCUUGUCUUGAUUAUUUACCAGGAAGCUGAUAAGGAUCUUAUCCAGUGUUUUUUUGGUUUUAUGAUUAGAAAUAUCAUGCUUGAUCCUGUUAUAGAA